AUGGCCAACCCCCGCGUUGAAGAGCUUCCCGAUGACGAGACCAAGAAGGUCUCCGUCGAGGAGCACGAGGACGAGAGCUCCGACUCCGAGGUUGAGGGCGAGGAUGCUGAGGGCCUUCCCUCCGGCUCCACCGCUGUCGUCCACUCCCGCAACGAGAAGAAGGCCCGCAAGGCCCUCGAGAAGCUGCACCUGACGAGAGUGCAGGGCAUCACCCGCGUCACCCUGCGCCGCCCGAAGAACAUCCUCUUCGUCAUCAACAACCCCGAGGUCUACAAGUCCCCCAACAGCAACACCUACAUCGUCUUCGGUGAGGCCAAGAUCGAGGACCUCAACGCCACCGCCCAGCAGGCUGCCGCCCAGCAGCUCGCCGCUGCCGGUGGUGAGCACGACCACGCCGGCCACAGCCACGCUGAGCCCAGCAAGGCCGCCGAGGCUGAUGCCAAGAAGGAGGAGGAGGAGGAGGAUGACGGCGAGGAGGUUGACGCCGAGGGCAUUGAGGACAAGGACAUCGAGCUCGUCAUGACCCAGGCCAACGUCAGCCGGAAGAAGGCCAUCAAGGCCCUGAAGGAGAACGACAACGACAUUCGAAGCGCAGCUCUGAAGCUCGACUGGGCCAAGGUCACGACCUCCCUCGGCCUCCGCGGCCAGACCGUCGCCUCCCUCCAGGCCUUCAAGAAGCGCAACGAGGACGCCCGCCGCAAGGUCCAGACCCUCUCCGAGCUCCCCACGACCGUCGACUUCGCCCACUACCGCUCCGUCCUCAAGAACCAGGCCGUCAUCGACGAGAUCGAGAAGCGCUUCACUGCCUUCAAGCCCGCCAGCUACGACGUCGCCCGCCAGGUCAAGGCCAUCGAGGCCUUCGAGGUUGAGGCCGUGAAGAACGCCGAGGCCACCAAGGACAAGGUCGACCUCGAGCUCAAGGACCUCGAGAAGACCCUCGCCAACAUCGAGACCGCCCGUCCCUUCGAGGACCUCACUGUCGACGAAGUCUCCGCCGCCGAGCCCUCGAUCGACGAGAAGACCUCCCAGCUCGUUUCCAAGGGCCGCUGGUCCGUACCGGGAUACAAGGCUGGACGUUCCGUCCACUUCCGGCACUACUCCCGGCUAAGCGGGACACCGCGCCAUCAACAACCCGGACACCGACCCCACUCCGCCGGCCUCAUCCAGCUCAUAAAGUGCAUGGUCCCUCAUCGUGUCCCUGCUCAACCUUCCUCUGUGAUUGAUCUUCUCCAGCAUUGUUGA